AAUCAUCAUCCAAAAAAAACCUGCAGAAGCACAAAACAAAGAGAGAGUUAUAGCGACUUUAGUUUCCUCUUCAGUCACACAAACACCAGGAGACACAAACACAGACACUGUCAGAGCGACUUUACCUGCAGUAACAGUCAUGAGUUCAGCUCUGUAUCUGGUCCUGCUUUUCUCAGCUCUGUGGACGCUCUCCUUCUGUGGGACUCGUCAGUUUUAUGUGGUGAAUGAAAAUAAGACCUGGACUGACGCUCAGAACUACUGCAGAGAGAACUUCACUGACCUGGCCACCAUUGAGAGCCAAGAGGAGAUGAACUCUCUGGUAGCUGUUCUCAAAGGGAAAACAGGCCAUUUCUGGAUCGGACUGAGUCAGAAAGAAAAUAAGGACAACACUUGUUUCCAAAGAGCUGCUGCAGGACCGCCGAUGCCCAGUGGGGACAACCGGGUAUGCUGUCCUGAGCCUUGGAUCAGGUGCUGGACGUGGUCAGAUGGGAGUAACUUCUCAUACAGCAACUGGAAGACUAGGGAACCAAACAACGCUGGCACUGAUAACUGUGGAGAGUUAUGGAGUUCAAAUGGAUACAAGUGGAACGAUGCAGACUGCAGUUACAAAAAUCAAUUCGUCUGCUAUAAGAAGCUUCCACUCAUCCUGAUUAAGCAGAAGAAGACAUGGAGAGAAGCUCUGAGAUACUGCAGAGAGAAUCAUUUGGAUCUGGUUUCUGUUCACACUAAGGAAAUCCAGCACUGGGUGGAAACAGCUGUUUAUUAUGCCUCCACUGCCAAUGUGUGGAUGGGUCUGCGUCACACCUGCACCCUGAAUAUCUGGUUCUGGGUGAAAGGAGAGUUCAUCUGCUACCAGAACUGGGCUCCGGGGAACGGGACAGGGGUGGAAGACUGCAGUGGAGGAGAAAGAACAGGAGCGGUGCAGUCUGGGAGUAAGCAGUGGGUCAGUCUGCCAGAGGAUCAGAGACUCAACUUCAUCUGCACUGUUUAGGAGCUCUAGAAGAGGAUGCAGGCUGUUCAAAUGGGUCCUCAUAGCUCAGGAUCAGACUGAGAUGUGAUAGCCAUUUCUUCAUCAUCCAAACACAACAAUUCAGUUUAAUAAGAGAAAUAUUCAUAUAUUACUGAGACAGCUCUUUUUUGAAAUGAGGGGGAAAUUAGACUCAUAAUGCAAAUGCAUAUUUCUUUUAAUGAUCAUUGAUAGAUCAGACACAAAGUAUAGCAUGCUAGAUCAUUUCUGAAGAGAAAGGUGGGUGUGGUGAAAACUAAAUGUUUAAAUAGGAUAUAAUCUGAUGCUCUGACAUGGUUUCACUCUUCUGUGCUAAUAACUGUUAUUUUUUAUCGUUGUAUAAACUUCAAUUCACACAACAGUUUACAUUUAAAUUAGAAAUGUUUGUAAACUGUAUUUGAGCUGUUUGUCUUUAUCUGUAUGUAGGGUUCGAAACUUGUGCUGUGUGUGUGUGAUACAAACACUUUUCUUCUUAAUGUCUAUAUUUUCCAAAGAACAUAAAUUAAAGCCUUGUUUUACAAUGUAUAAGCCAAAAUACUGAAUUGCAGGUUUAAAGGAAUGAAUUGUAAGUUUUCUUUCUGUUUUGAAUUAUAAAGAUUCUUCACACAGUCCCACUUCAUAUUAAGUGUAUCUAAUAACUGUGUAGUUACAUGUGAACUGUUCCAGAUGGAUUACAGAUGUACACCUUAUGUAAUUAAACAAGUGUAUCAAACCUA